AUGUCUUUCAAGCUACCAUUGUUGCAGAUAAAACGUCGAAAAAGUGCCAGUGCCAGUGUUGUUAAAGACUUGCCAGUUUUUAAUUAUGGUGAACUAGACAUUCACCAUGAAAUUGGCAGAGGUAGUUUCUCUACUGUGUCUGUUGCCACCAGUAAAAGUGAUAGUGAUACAUUUCAUGUAGUAAAGGUCAUGCAUAACAUGGAAGAUGACGGCAAAGAUAUUUUUUUGAAAGAAGCGAGGCUUUUGCAUAGAUGCAAGCAUGAGAAUAUUGUAACAUUUAAAGGAAUUUGCAUGUCUCCACUUGCUUUGCUCUUUGACUAUUUCUAUUUUGAUUUCAAGCCAUUUGAGCAAGAUCUGAAAGUUAGUACCGUAAAAGCCCUUCUUAAGGAAAUAGACCAAGACAGUUGGUUAGAAGCGUUCACUCAUGUUGUACCGACAAUAGCUAUUGAGGUUACAAAAGGUCUAAAGUAUCUUCACGACAACGGGAUUGUCCACAGAGACCUUAAGCCAGAAAAUAUUUUAGUAUCAAACCAACACUAUUGCGACCUGAAAGAUAAUUCCCAAAUUCAAGAAAUGUGGAUGAACUCCCCAAUCAAGUGCAAAUUAACGGAUUUUGGUGAAAGUCGUUCCAGCCUCAUUAAAACCCAGUCAUUCCAUAUGACAAAUACUACGAAUUUGGGAAGAGGAACACCCGUAUUCAUGGCUCCGGAAAUAACGUUGCCGGAAAUAACAAAAUUAUACGGUAGUGGAUCAAUUGAGUUUCUUAAGAAAGUGGACAUGUGGGCGCUCGGACUUGUAUUCUAUAAUCUGGUAAAUCCUAAUCUUAACGCUCCUUACAAGUACGACUUCAUUCAAAAUGGCGUGAAACCUCAAGAGUACAGCUCAUUUUUGCGAAACAUGAUGAAGAAGAAACAACUUCCAACACCUGUACCACUAUAUACCGACCUGCAAAUUUCCGGAAAAUGGAAACGUGUGCAUAGUGCGUUUUUGAAGUGUGCUUCCUUUGUACCAAACGAUAGACCUGCAGCAUCUGAACUUCUCACCUUCCUGGACAGUGG